AUGUGGGAACCGAUCAGUUCCGGGUCGGAUUUUUUGACCUGGAUUAAUUGGGAGAUUGAAAAAGCUGUUGAACCGUAUUCAACUGAACAAUUUAUUAAAUAUUUAAAAUUUACGUCACACAACUGUACUGCUGUAUAUGAUGAUGAAUUAGUAAUUAUGGAUCGAAUGAAAUUAAACAUUUUAUUUAAGUAUCAGUGCAAUAGUACAAUAACGUCAAUGUGUGUAAAUCCAACAACAUCUACAAUUAUAAAUUGUGGUACAAUUCAAAGUUAUGUCGUGACUUUACAAUUCAAUGUAAUUUCUGGUCAAAAUUAUGUCUCAUUUAAAGAUUUAUUACGUACAAAUAAUGAUUAUAAGAAUGACAAAUGUGUUCAUAUAAGGGUGUGGGUGUAG